GAUGGUUUAGAGCUCUUUCAAAUUAAUUAAAUGCAUACCACGUAAUUAUCUGGCAACUAAAUUUUCCUUUCUUAUAGGUUUCUAGCUGCUUGCAAACAAAUCUCAAAAUAAUUUCAUCUGUUUUUCAUGGGCCUUACUAGUCAUCAUCAACAAAUAAGGAGCCAAUUCCUCUUCUUUCAAAUCCUAUUAGAUGAUAAGACUGAAAGUUGCCGAAUGUUGUUUAAAUUUCUGGAACAAGGCUCUGAAGCAGUCAUUUUCUCAUGUUCAGAAGUUAGAAGUGUCCAUGGGAUUAGGAAUUCGUUGGUGAAGAAAGGAUUAGUAAGGGAGUUGUUGAAGAGGUUUCAAGCUGCUUGCAAACAAAUCUCAAAAUAACCUCAUCUGUUUUUCACGGGCCUUACUAGUCAUCAUCAACAAAUAAGGAGCCAAUUCCUCUUCUUUCAAUUCCAAUUUGAUGGUAAGACUGAAAGUUGCCGAAUGUUGUUUAAAUUUCUGGAACAAGGCUCUGAAGCGGUCAUUUCCUCAUGUUCAGAAGUUUGAAGUAUCCAUGGGAUUAGGAAUUUGUUGGUGAAGAAAGGAUUAGUAAGGGAGUUGUUGAAGAGGUUUCAAGCUGCUUGCAAACAAAUCUCAAAAUAACCUCAUCUGUUUUUCACGGGCCUUACUAGUCAUCAUCAACAAAUAAGGAGCCAAUUCCUCUUCUUUCAAUUCCAAUUUGAUGGUAAGACUGAAAGUUGCCGAAUGUUGUUUAAAUUUCUGGAACAAGGCUCUGAAGCGGUCAUUUCCUCAUGUUCAGAAGUUUGAAGUAUCCAUGGGAUUAGGAAUUUGUUGGUGAAGAAAGGAUUAGUAAGGGAGUUGUUGAAGAGGUUUCAAGCUGCUUGCAGACAAAUCUCAAAAUAAUUUCAUCUGUUCUUCGUGGGCUUGACUAGUCAUCAUCAACAACUAAGGAGCCAAUUCCUCUUCUUUCAAAUCCUAUUAGAUGAAGCGGUCGUUUCCUCAUGUUCAGAAGUUAGAAGCGUCUAUGGGAUUAGAACCACAGAUGGCUGUUAGCUUCCUCCAGAUCUUCGCCCUCCUGACUCUAAUUUCAACUUCUGCAAUAGCUUCCGAACCCUUCCCUGUUCAAGAUUUUUGCGUCGCUGACAAGACGUCAAAUGUAUUUAUGAACGGAUUCGCCUGCAAGGACCCAACCCUGGUCACAGCCGACGACUUCUUCUACUCCGGCCUCAACAAACGCGGCAACACAUCAAACCCAGUCGGCUCAAAGGUAACUCUCCUCAACGCCGACAAGAUCCCCGGCCUCAACACCUUCGGCAUCUCCAUGGCCCGUGUGGACUUCAUACCCGGCGGUCUCAACCCCCCGCACACCCACCCUCGCGCCACCGAGAUCCUGACAGUAAUCCAGGGGAAACUCUUUGCUGGGUUUGUCACGGUGAACCCCGAUAAUAAAUUCUACAGCAAGGUUUUGAAGAGGGGGGAUGUGUUUGUGUUUCCCCAGGGGUUGAUACAUUUUCAGAUUAAUAUUGGGAGGAGGAAUGCAGCGGCUAUUGUUGGGCUCAGUAGUCAGAAUCCUGGCGUGAAUACGAUUGCUAAUGCGAUGUUUGGGGCGAGGCCUGAGAUUCCUAGUUUUGUUCUCGCUAAAGGGUUUCAGACCGAGGAGGAUAUUAUCAGGCUCAUGCAGUCCAAGUUUUAGAUAGAUUUGUCAUCAUUAGUUUAUGUUAUAAUUGAUGUUAUUCGUUUGCAUGUAUUUGUGCUCUCAAAGAAAGGGAUUCGGAUCCCCUCCCCUCCACUUUAAAAAAAAAAGUAGCAGCAGAGAGAAUUUUUGGAAAAUUUAUUUAAGAUAAUAAAAGCUAUCAGGUGAACGAAACUGAGAAUUUUUGGAAAG